CCGCCAGUGCGCGUGCGCUAACUGUGUCAGCCGGUACGCUCUCUCCGCCAUAACCUCUCUUUGGGAAUAAAAAAUAUUUACCGAAAAUGGCUCAAUAUAGCUCUUUAGAGAAGUGUGGAAUAGUGGCUUUGGUGGUCUUUGCGAUAUAUUUAGUGAAAUCUUUGUUUAGUGUGGUGUACACAUACGCAGUGGGUCCGGCAGUGAAUAAAGUGGAUUUCAAAUCGAAAGGAAAAUGGGCAUUGGUCACGGGAUGCACGGAUGGCAUUGGAAAACAAUACGCGCGAGAGUUGGCGUCUUGCGGUUGUGAUAUCGUACUAGUCAGUCGGACUUUGGAGAAAUUAAAAGCGACGGCGGAAGAAAUUGAAAAGGACUACAAAGUGUCAACGAAGGUCAUCCAAGCAGACUUCAGUGAAGGAGACGUCAUCUACGAGAAGAUUGGCAAGGAGAUCGCAGAUUUGGAGAUCGGUACCCUGGUCAACAAUGUUGGCGUCUCCUACUCCUAUCCCGAGUACUUCCUUGAUAUCCCUGAUUGGGAGAAGUUCAUGAAGAACAUCAUCAACACAAAUAUGGUGUCGGUGACCCGUAUGACCGGCCUGGUGUUACCCGGGAUGGUGAAGAGAGAGAAGGGUGUCGUCAUCAACAUUGGAUCCGCCUCCUCCAUCAUCCCGAGCCCGCUGCUUGCUGUGUAUGCUGCUUCUAAGGCCUACGUCGACAAGCUGACAGAGGCACUGGAACAAGAAUACAGCAAGAAAGGCAUAAUUGUUCAAUGCAUCCUCCCAGGAUUCGUUUGCUCCAACAUGUCAGGCAUCCGACGAAGCUCCUUCUUCGCUCCCACCGCCAAAGCCUUCGUGAAAUCCGCCAUAGGCUUAGUAGGCACAGUCUCUAAGACCACCGGAUACUUCCCCCACGCGAUCUUCACAACUGCCAUCAACACCAUCCACGAUGUGACAGGGUCCUUCGGUGUCUGGCUGGUCACACGGUCAAUGGAAAACAGCCGCGCCAAAGUGCUGAAAAAGAAAGGAAAAUUGGAUGCCUGACUGUGAAUCAUCACGUGAUUAUCUCAUCUUCAUCAGAAUUUAUAAAAUAUCAAUUCAACAAUGCUAAAUCGAA